AGAGGUAUAGUUUGCAAACAAUACAUUUCUCUGAGCUAUAGCUGUCUGAAAUGAUACCUAAAGUGUCAGAAAUAAUAAUCCUUUUUGGAUUAUUGGUGCUUGGGGCUUUUGGAAACGUUCUACCUACUGUCUCUAGUGCAAGUUCUUUGACGGAACCUUCGAAGGAUAAGUUGCUAAAAAUUGCUAUCGAUCAGUUGUAUAAAGAGACAUUGAUUCGACUUGAAAUUGAAAAGAAGUUACGUCUCUUAACAAAUGAGAUUUCAAACCUUAAAACUGAUGGCGAGAAAAUAGGAGAACGGAUGCAAGAAAAUAAAGAAGAUAUUUUACCAAAAAAAUAUGGAAAUGGAUUUUAUGCGUAUCUGUCAAGUGACCUUGCUAAUCCUGGAGGUCAGCACACAAUAGUCUAUGACGUCAUUAAAACAAAUUUUGACAAUGCGUACAACCAAUACACAGGAAUCUUUACGGCAUCAAAGGAAGGCCUUUAUUCGUUUACCUGGGUGACACGUGUUGAGUGCGGUGAAGCGUAUACAAGCGAACUUAUUGUAAAUAAGGAUGUGGUUGGAAGCACAUUUGCUUAUUGCGGUUGGAAUACCGUCUCUGGAAAUGCAAUUGUAAACGUGACAAAGGGCGAUGCAGUAUUUGUACGUACCCGUCCAGGGGUGGGAAAAGGAACGAUUAAAAGUAAUGAAUAUGGAAGAACCUCUUUCUCUGGCUUCAUUAUUAAUUAAAAGCUUAAACAUUACAAAUGAAUACAUAGAAACACAAAAGAAAUAUAUCUAAAUAGCAUUAAAGCGUAUGUAGUUUUUGCUUCCUUUUUAAAAAUUACUUGUAUUAUUGUUUUUUCAAAUUGUAUUGUAUUAAGAAACUCUUUUUCUCCGUUACAGACACACAGUUUAUAUGAACAAUUUUUGAUGGCGUUAUAUACGCCAAAUACGCAGCAAUGUAAUUGCAAUUGCGAAUAAAAAUAUUGUAUG